CCUCAGAACCAAGUACAACGGAGUAGGCCGUGGAUCUCGAGAAUCGUCGAUCCUGCUUAUCGAGUUAUCUCCAGCGGCGAUGAGUUGCAGGAUGAUUUGCUGGAGAAUGAUCCCAGCAGUGUAACACCAAGUUCAAAUGAUUCAGUCCUUAUCUACGUGGCCUAUUCUCUCACCUCUCUUUCUCCCGCACGCUCCCUUUCUCUUCUUCGUUGGUUAGAUCGGAAAUUGUAAAAUCUACACAGACGGAAGAAUCUCUGAUGGAUAAGAUAGCUGAGAAGAUCCACAAUCACGAUUCAUCAUCUUCUUCGGACUCCGAGCACGAGAAUCCAGAAUCUCCGUCGGCUUUGAAGGCGAAAAUUUACAGUUUGUUUGGAAGGGAGAAGCCUGUUCACAAGGUUCUCGGUGGUUGCUUGCCUGCUGAUGUGUUCUUGUGAAGGGAUAAAAAGCUCUCAGUUGCUGUUCUUGGUGUAGCUACUGCCAUUUGGGUCUCCACCUAAAAUUCUUAAAAUCCAUGUUAAGGAGGAACAUUUUCUUUUGAUUGCAUCUGCACUGAGACAUGAGCUGAACCAGGCCUUUGUUUCUUAAGGAACAUUGCUUUAGGAAGGGAUUUGAAGAAGUUUCUCAUGGUAUUUUUUCGUUCGCUUCUUUGACGUAGAUAUCUGUUGUUAAGCAAUUGUUAAGUAUGUCCUGCCUAUGUUAAGAAGUUUUGCAGUCUACACUUGUAAUGGGUUACUUGUGAAGGAACUCUUAUUUAUUUAGUCGUUAUGCCUUGGAUGUGAAUCUCAUGUGGUUGUUGCAGUCUACACUUGUAAUGGGUUACUUGUGAAGGAA